GAGCCUUGCAGCGCGGGUGCGGCUUCAUCCCCCCAUCGGCUGUCUCUCAUCGCUCCCAGCCAGAGCCCGAGCCCGAGUCGCCAGAGCCAGAGCCAGAGCCUGAUCACAUCCGGGCUGCUGGCCAUCAAGACACCUGCUUCCGGAUCAGACCUGCCGCCUCGCAGAGUAUGGACUAUGACGAUUUUCUUGGGAUCCUGCGCAAGAAGCAGGCCCAUGAUUUGAUGAACAAGCUCAAGACCUUCUUAGUGUCCACCCGAGCGCUUCUGAAGAGCCACCAGCCCGUCCAGGUGCACAAGCAGGCUAUAUCGACGUUCCUGGAGAACAUCAACCACGACUGUCUGGAGCACCCUCUCUUCGCUGAUCUGACAGCAGAGCAAAAAGAAGGUCUCGUGGAGGUUUGGGAAAAGCUGGUCAUGACCAAGCUCCACGAUGUCGUCUUCGAGCCCCACGGCUCGGAGGAAGCCAAGAUGAAUACCCAGUUGCAGACCAAGAUCUCCAGCUUUGCCUGGAUCCAGGAGCGGCACCUGGAUCUCGAUAUCCGGUUCAACAGCAGCCUCGAGGUUGCCCAGGGCGAGCUAUUGCGUAUCAGCGGCUUCAGGGCCCCAAGAGACAAGCUUGUUAUUUUACAGAACACAAUACAGCUCGUCGUAGAUCUGAUCAAGCGGUACUCUGGGAACGUCAGCGCAGACAAGCUUCUCCCGGUGUUGAUCCUCGUCGUUGUCCGGGCUAAUCCUCCGCAACUGAUUAGCCAUAUCAAAUACAUCAUGCGCUUCCGCAACCAUGCCGAGGUUGAGAAGGGAUCGGUUCAGUUUGUGCUGACCAAUAUGAUGGGUGCUGUGACAUUUAUCUACAACAUGAACAUCAAGAGUUUAACGCUCUCAGCGGACGAAAUGACACAAUUCGGACUCGAGAGCGCACCAGACACCCCUCGCCCGUCCAUGUCCUCAUCAAAAGGUGGCUCGUCCGUAAAGAUUACCCAGCUGGCGAGCGUGGUUUACAGCUCCACGUCUGGAUUCCUGACCGGGCUGUUCAAGGAAGUCCGGGAAAUUGGUGAAAGCGCCGUGGGAACAGUCGAUCAGCUUGUCGACAAUGUGCGUGGAAAAGCAAACGCCACAUCCAAUCGUAACUCUCAGACUCUGCAAACGACUUCAACCUCGUCGUCCAGCAGCAAUCUCAUCGACUUUGAUAGCCCAAAAGGUGACACCACUCCCAAUCCAUCCAGAGUGGCCGAAUCAGAAGCAGCCAUUUCGCCGCAACAGCUUGAGCUGGAUGAGGAAGAGUUCCAGCUGCAGCUGGCGCUUGCUUUGUCACUUUCCGAAGCGGAGCAUGCCGCAACCACCGUCCAGAGCCAGGACGACGGUUCGAUUCAAAACGAUCUCAAUGGCCUUCAGUUUGACUCUUGACGCCGUGGGCAGGUCGCAGAUCUCCAAGAGCACCCGAGUCGCCGGCACCCACAGGAAUGUGGCUGCCCUAGUCGCAGCUCCGCUUCGUCCGGGAGGGCUCGGGCUUUUGUCUUCAUUACUACAAAUAUAUUGGCAUUUGGCUGACCCA